UCUCUCUCUCUCUAGUCCGCAAUGGCGCCCAAGGCUGAGAAAAAACCAGCAGAGAAGAAGCCAGCACAGAAAGCUCCGGCCGAGAAGAAGCCAAAGGCUGAGAAGAGACCGCCGAAGGAAGGGUCGGCCACGGCAGACAAGAAGAAGAAGAAAAACAAGAAGGGAACCGAGACCUACAAGAUCUACAUCUUCAAGGUGCUGAAGCAGGUCCACCCUGACAUCGGCAUCUCCAGCAAGGCCAUGGGCAUCAUGAACAGCUUCAUCAACGAUAUCUUCGAGAAGCUCGCACAGGAGUCUUCCAAGCUUGCUCGCUACAACAAGAAACCCACCAUCACCUCUCGCGAGAUCCAGACAGCUGUUCGCCUCGUUCUUCCUGGAGAAUUGGCUAAGCACGCUGUCUCUGAGGGUACCAAAGCCGUCACUAAAUUCACCAGUUCUUAGA